GUCCAUUCACUCACAUCCAUCAUCGUUCGAUCAAUCUUCUGAACCCCUACCCUACAAAACCUCUACUACCUGCCAGCUUUUACUUCGAUAACAAACAAACACCCCCUCUCCGCAACAACAACAGCCACAUCGCAAUGGCAUAUCAAACUCCUUUCCUCGAGGCCAUUAAGGUCCGCCGCACGAUCCUCUCCCUUGCGAAGGAGUCCCCAAUCUCUGAUGACCGAAUUGUCAUGUGUGUCAACCAUGCGAUCAAGCAUGCCCCGUCACCUUUCAGCGUCCAGUCCUGCCGUGCAAUCGUUCUCUUCGGUGCGCAGCAUGAGAAGCUGUGGGAUAUUGGUAUGGAGGAAUCGAGAAAGACUCUUCCCCCUCCUGUCUUCGCACAAUACGAAGGCAAGAUCCAAGGAUUCCGCGAUGCCUAUGGCACUGUUCUCUUCUUUGAGGAUUCCGACGCGGUCAAGGCUCUCCCACCCCCACUUCAAGAUCUUAUGGCCAAGUACCCUGAUUGGUACGAGCACUCGAGCGGGAUGAACCAGUUCAUCGCAUGGACUGCUUUGGCUAACGAAGGUCUCGGCUGCAACCUCCAACAUCUCCAUCCAACCAUCUCAAAGGGUGUGGCAGAAACUUGGGAUGUCCCUGAAAGCUGGACCCUCCGUGCUCAGCUUGUCUUUGGCAAGCCGACUGGCCCACCUCGUGGCGGUGUUGACAAGCAAUUCGCUGCUUUGGAGCCGCGAGUUAAGGUUUAUGGCAAGAAGGCAUAGCCUUGGACUGGGUGAUAAUUUUCUUUUCUACUGCACAGAUUGGUUGAGCUUUCAUCUUCCACUGGGCACAUGGCGAAAGGGUACUUUUCUUGGUCAUACUUGGAUGCACGAACGGCCUUCAAUGGCUUUCUUCGUUGAUUUUGCUUGGGCAUAGAUUAGAUCGGGGACUGAAUGCGCAUUAAAAAGUUGAUUUUCACACAA